AUGCCUGACGACGUAUCAUUACAUUUAAGCGACUCUUCAAAAAGAUUACAUUCUCACCAAUUGGUGGGGUCCUUCGAUGAGACUUUUGCGCCAAAUAAUACGGAUCUGGAAAAAGAGUGUAAGGCAUCCCAAAGUAAUAUAACUACCGAAGUUUUUGAAGCAUCGAGCCUCGAAGAAAAAGCAAGCUCGGAAAAACAAAAAUACAGUUCGUUUUGGAAAAAAUUUUACUUUGAGUAUGUGGUCGUUGACAAAUCAAUCUUGGGUGUUUCUAUUCUAGAUUCAUUCAUGUAUAACCAAGACUUAAAACCCGUUGAGAAAGAAAGGCGGGUUUGGUCUUGGUAUAAUUAUUGUUACUUCUGGCUUGCCGAAUGUUUUAACAUAAAUACCUGGCAAAUUGCAGCAACAGGCUUACAGCUAGGACUAAAUUGGUGGCAGUGUUGGAUAACUAUUUGGAUUGGUUACGGUUUUGUUGGUGCUUUCGUUGUUUUGGCUUCUAGAGUAGGUUCUGCUUACCAUUUAUCCUUCCCUAUAUCAUCUAGAGCUUCGUUCGGAAUUUUCUUCUCUUUAUGGCCUGUAAUUAAUAGAGUUGUAAUGGCUAUUGUUUGGUACAGUGUCCAAGCCUAUAUUGCAGCAACUCCGGUGUCGUUAAUGCUAAAAUCCAUCUUUGGAAAGGACCUACAAGACAGAAUCCCUGAUCAUUUUGGGUCACCAAAUGCCACUACUUACGAAUUCAUGUGUUUUUUCAUCUUUUGGGUUGCCAGUCUUCCCUUUUUACUAGUACCCCCCCAUAAAAUUAGACAUCUGUUUACCGUUAAGGCAGCUUUGGUUCCAUUCGCCUCUUUUGGUUUCUUAAUUUGGGCCAUCAGAAAAGCUCAUGGGCGUAUUGCUUUAGGGUCUUUAACUGACGUGCAACCUCAUGGUUCUGCAUUUUCAUGGGCUUUUUUGAGAUCACUAAUGGGUUGUAUGGCAAAUUUCUCCACAAUGGUCAUCAAUGCCCCUGAUUUUUCAAGGUUCUCAAAAAAUCCCAACUCUGCAUUGUGGUCCCAAUUGGUUUGCAUUCCAUUUUUAUUUUCCGUUACUUGCUUAAUUGGCAUCUUGGUCACCGCAGCUGGUUAUGAAAUAUAUGGUGUUAAUUAUUGGUCACCACUCGAUGUGCUACAAAAAUUUUUAGAGACUACUUACAAUAGUGGUACAAGAGCUGGUGUAUUUUUAAUCUCCUUUGUCUUCGCAGUAGCACAGUUGGGUACUAAUAUUUCCGCAAACUCGUUAUCAUGUGGGACUGAUAUGUCUGCUAUUUUCCCUAAAUUCAUCAAUAUCAAGCGCGGUUCGUUAUUCUGUGCAGCUAUGGCAUUGUGUAUUUGCCCAUGGAAUUUAAUGGCAACAUCAAGUAAAUUUACAAUGGCUUUGUCUGCAUACGCCAUCUUUUUAUCUAGUAUCGCCGGUGUUGUUUGCUCUGACUAUUUUGUUGUCAGAAGAGGAUACAUCAAGUUAACACACAUCUACUCGCAUCAAAAGGGCUCUUUCUACAUGUAUGGAAAUAGAUUUGGUAUUAAUUGGAGAGCCUUGGCUGCUUAUUUAUGUGGGGUGGCUCCUUGUUUACCUGGUUUUAUCGCUGAAGUGGGUGCUCCAGCUAUAAAGGUUUCUGAUGGAGCUAUGAAACUAUACUACUUAAGUUACUGGGUAGGAUAUGGCUUGAGCUUUUUAUCUUAUACUGCUUUGUGUUACUUCUUUCCUGUACCUGGAUGUCCAGUUAAUAACAUUAUUAAGGAUAAAGGUUGGUUCCAGAGAUGGACCGAUGUUGAUAAUUUUGAAGAAGAGUGGAAAGACACAAUAGAGAGAGAUGAUUUAGUAGAUGACAGUAUAAGUGUCUACGAACAUGAACACGAAAAGACGUUUAUUUAA